AUGUCCAAGUCAUUUGAUGAUUUUGUAAAGCAGCAACAGGCACAGCAAAAGUCAAAGACCUUUGGGUACAGAAACGCCGGCGGUGCAGGCGGUGCACCCCAGUACAAUUUUAACAACACGUUUGUUCCAAGCCAACCUCAUCCUCAAAGUUAUAACCAGGGCCCUGGCAAUAGAUACAACAAUUACAACAGUUACAACAAUGGCUACAAUAACAAUUAUAGUGGCUCACGCACACCUCAAAACAUAGACUCUUCAAUCACUUCACCUGUGGAUUCAUUACCAACAAGCGGUAGAUCUACCCCAAAUCCCAAUGCAUCAACUACAUCUUUGACCUCGUUAAAUACUGCUCUUUCAAAAUUGAACGUGAAUGUUCCAUUCCAAGAGAACUUGUCAAACAUUGAACAAGCUUCCAAAAUUAGUGAAGUUAAGGCUGAAGUUGGCAUCAUUGUGUCUCAAAUCUUGGAACAGGAGUCCUUCACCAUCAUUAAUGAAUGGAAAUUGAAUGAAAUUCUCAAGUCAUUAUUGAAACCUAAAAACACGCCUCUUGUUAAGGAAGGUGCUUUACUUAUUAUCCAACAAUUAGCUCAACAAAUUGCCGGUCAAUCACCAAAGGAGUUUUUCCUUCUUCAAUUCUUUGCAACUGCUUAUGACAUGUUUACUGAUAAAGACAAGAAUGUUGUUAAAGCAGCUAAGUCAGCUACAGAUGCACUUUACUCAGCAUACCCAGUUGAAGCUUUGGGUUCAGUUGUUUUGGAUGAGUUUUUGACGUUUUUCAAAUCUGGAGCCAAGUGGAACUCCAAGGCUGCAGCAUUGGUGAACUUUGACAGGAUUGUUGAAGAUGUACCUGCGGAUUUAUUAGAAUUAAAGUUUGUUGACACAGUACCUGUAUUAACAGAUUUGUCAACAGAUUUCAAACCAGAGUUGGCUAAGGCUGGUUUGCAGUCGUUGAAGAAAUUUGUCAAAGUGUUGGACAAUUUAGAUUUGCAAAACAAAUAUGAUUUGAUUGUGGACACUUUGGCAGACCCACAAAAAGUUACUGAUUGUAUAAAGAAUUUGUCAUCAGUGACAUUUGUUGCUGAAGUGACUGAGCCAGCAUUAUCCUUGCUCGUUCCAAUUUUGGACAAAUCAUUGAAGAUGUCCUCAUCUUCGAAUGAACAGUUGAGACAAACUGUUAUGGUGACAGAGAACUUGACCAGAUUGGUGAACAACAAGAGGGAAAUCGAUUCUUUUAUUCCUAUCUUGCUUCCAGGUGUUGAAAAAGUUUACAACAAUGCAUCUCUUCCAGAAGUUAGAGAGCUUGCAGGUAAAGCAUACAAGGUUUUGAAAGAUGCAGAGGCAGAGCACCACGAUGGUAAAUUUCAUGGAAGAAUCACAUUGGAAGAAGCACAAAACUUUUUGACCAAGGAUAUUCCAGAAGGUACAGAGGUUCCAUCUUGCGUUACAGAUCCAGAAGCUUUACCAUACAUUUCAAAGAUUGUACAAGUCGAUGCCAAUGUCAAUGAUUGGAAACGUAUGGAUGCAUACUUGAAGUCGAUUUUGAACAGUAAUGAAUCUUAUGCUUCUGCUGUUACGGCCAAUGUGAAACAUUUGUUCAAUCCAGAGUCGACUCUGGAUGGGGUAGAUGAUGAUGGCGCUAUUGAAAUUGUCAAUGCCGAUUUUUCUUUGGCUUACGGUACCAGAAUGCUUUUAAACAAGACCAAUUUGAGGUUGCUUAAAGGUCACAGAUAUGGUUUGUGUGGAAGAAACGGUGCUGGUAAGUCCACUUUGAUGAGAGCUAUUUCCAAGGGCCAAUUGGAAGGGUUUCCUACCGCUGAUGAGUUAAAGACUUGUUUUGUUGAGCAUAAAUUGCAAGGCUCGGAGGCAGAUAUGGACUUGGUGAGUUUCAUUGCUUCAGAUCCGGACUUGGCCGAUGUUGGCAAGGACGCGAUUAAAGAUGCAUUGUUUGAAGUUGGAUUCCCAGAAGAAACAUUGUCCAAAAAUGUUGGAAGCUUGUCCGGUGGUUGGAAAAUGAAAUUGGAAUUGGCAAGAGCAAUGUUGAUGAAAGCGGAUGUUUUGCUUUUGGAUGAACCUACAAAUCACUUGGAUGUGGGUAAUGUGAAAUGGUUGCAAGAUUAUCUUGUGCAACAUACUGAGAUUACUUCUUUGAUUGUGUCGCAUGACUCUGGAUUCCUUGACGCCGUGUGUACUGAUAUCAUUCACUAUGAAAACAAGAAAUUGGCUUAUUACAAGGGUAAUUUGUCUGAGUUUGUUAAAGUUAAGCCAGAGGGUAAGUCAUAUUAUACGUUGACUGAUUCGAAUGUCAAGAUGGCUUUCCCACCUCCAGGUAUUUUAACAGGUGUCAAGUCAAACACGAGAUCUGUGGCACGUAUGUCGAAUGUGACUUUCACUUAUCCUGGUGCAGCCAAGCCAUCCUUGAGCAAUGUGUCAUGUUCUUUGUCGUUGUCUUCAAGAGUUGCCAUUGUUGGUCCAAAUGGUGCUGGUAAAUCCACCUUGAUCAAGCUUCUUACUGCUGAGUUAGUUCCUCAAGAGGGUAAAGUUGAGAAGCAUCCAAACUUGAGAAUUGGAUACAUUGCUCAACACGCAUUGCAGCAUGUCGAACAGCACAAGGAGAAGACCGCUAACCAGUAUUUGCAAUGGCGUUACCGUUUUGGUGAUGAUCGUGAAGUGCUCCUUAAGGAGUCACGUAAAGUGUCUGAUGAAGAGAUGGAAAUGAUGCAAAAGGAGAUUGAUGUUGGCGAUGGACGUGGUAAGAGACAAGUUGAGGCGAUUGUUGGUCGUCAAAAGUUGAAGAAAUCCUUCCAAUAUGAAGUGAAGUGGAAGUUCUGGUUACCCAAAUAUAACUCAUGGGUUCCUAGAGACCUCCUUCUUGCAGAAGGGUUCGACAAGUUGAUUCAAAAGUUUGAUGAUCACGAAGCUUCAAGAGAAGGUUUGGGUUACAGAGAGUUAUCGCCAAAGGUUAUUCGUAAACACUUUGAAGAUGUUGGUCUCGAUGGUGACAUUGCUGAUCAUACUCCUAUGGGUUCAUUGUCUGGUGGUCAAUUGGUGAAGGUUGUUAUUGCUGGUGCCAUGUGGAACAAUCCACAUUUGUUAGUGUUGGAUGAGCCUACCAAUUAUCUUGAUCGUGAUUCGCUUGGAGGGUUGGCCAUUGCCAUUAGAGAAUGGAGUGGAGGUGUUGUGAUGAUUUCGCACAAUAAUGAGUUUGUUGGCGCAUUGUGUCCCGAGCAAUGGCACGUUGAAAAUGGUCAAGUGAUUCAGAAAGGAUCAGUUGCCGUUGACACAAAGAGAUUUGAGGAUGGAAGCAGUGCAGCUGAAUCUGCUGAGGGAUCGCCAGCACCGGAAAGUGCUGCACCAGUGAAGAAGAGAGUUGAUGACGAUGACUCGCCUGCUAAUAUCAAGGUCAGAACUAGAAAGAAGAAGAUGACAAGAAACGAAAAGAAGGCGCAAGCUGAGAGGAGAAGAUUAAGGUAUAUCGAGUGGUUGAGUUCACCAAAGGGAACUCCUAAACCAGCGGAUACUGACGAUGAAGAAGAAGAUUAA